CUUUGCACUGGCAACUGCUUCCUUUUCCUCUUCCGGUGACGGAACUUAGAGGCAUUCAAAAUGGUCCAGCGUUUGACAUACCGUCGUAGGCUAUCCUACAAUACUGCUUCCAACAAAACUAGGCUGUCCCGGACCCCUGGUAAUAGAAUUGUUUACCUUUAUACCAAGAAGGUUGGGAAGGCACCAAAAUCUGCAUGUGGCGUGUGCCCAGGCCGACUUCGGGGUGUUCGUGCCGUGAGGCCUAAAGUUCUUAUGAGGUUGUCUAAAACAAAAAAACAUGUAAGCAGAGCGUAUGGUGGUUCCAUGUGUGCGAAAUGUGUCCGUGACAGGAUCAAGCGUGCUUUCCUGAUUGAAGAGCAGAAAAUCGUUGUGAAAGUGUUGAAGGCACAAGCACAGAGUCAGAAAGCCAAAUAAAAAUGUAUGAAGCUUUUUUGAAUAAUAAAAAUCAAAGGCUUGUUUUUUCUGUUUA